AUGACUGAUGAAGAAGUAAAAGAAUAUCGUAAAGAAUUAGAAGGUAUUAAAAUUCGUGGUACUGGAACAUUAUGUAAACCAUUAAAAUCAUGGGCCCAAUGUGGCUUUGAAUGGAAACUUUUAAGUUUUCUUAAAAAAUUAGGUUAUGAAAAACCUACACCUAUUCAGGCUCAAGCAAUUCCAUGUAUCUUAUCAGGAAGAGAUGUUAUUGGAAUUGCCAAAACUGGAAGUGGUAAAACACUUGCCUUUCUUUUACCUAUGUUUAGACAUAUAUUAGAUCAACCAGAAUUAGAUGAAGGUGAUGGUCCUAUAAGUUUAAUUUUAACACCAACAAGAGAAUUAGCAAUGCAAAUAUGGAAAGAAACACAAAAAUUUUCAAAAUUAUUAAAAUUAAAAUCUGUAUGUGUAUAUGGAGGUGUUGGUAUUAGUGAACAAAUAGCUGAUUUAAAAAGACAACCUGAAAUUGUUAUAUGUACACCUGGAAGAAUGAUUGAAAUGUUACAUUCUAAUAAUGGUAAAGUAACAAAUUUACGUCGGAUAACGUAUGUUGUACUUGAUGAGGCUGAUCGUAUGUUUGAUAUGGGUUUUGAACCACAAGUAAUGAAAAUUAUACAAAAUAUUAGACCAGAUAAACAAAUGUUACUUUUUAGUGCUACAUUUCCUAAACAAAUGGAAGCAUUGGCAAGAAAAGUUUUAGAUAAACCUGUUGAAAUACAAGUUGGUGGUAAAUCUAUUGUAUGUAAAGAUGUAUGUCAAAAUGUUACAAUUAUUGAGGAAUGUCAUAAAUUUUUAAAACUUCUUGAACUUCUUGGUAUAUAUUAUGAAACAGGAAAUGUUAUAAUUUUUACAGAAAAACAAGAAAAAGCUGAUGAAAUUGUGAAUAUGCUUAUUAAAGCAGGAUAUAUGGCAGCACCAUUACAUGGUAGUAUUGAUCAAUUUGAUAGAGAUUCAACAAUUGUUGAUUUUAAACAAGGUGUUGUUAAAAUUCUUGUUGCAACUUCUGUUGCUGCAAGAGGUUUAGAUGUUAAAAAACUUAAACUUGUUAUUAAUUAUGAUUGUCCUAAUCAUUAUGAAGAUUAUGUUCAUAGAGUUGGUAGAACAGGAAGAGCAGGAAAUAAAGGAUUUGCUUAUACUUUUAUAUUACCUGAAGGACAAGAAAAAAUGGCUGGAGAAAUUUGUAGAGCUUUUGAGUCAGCUGAUCUCAAACCACCACAAGAAUUAAAAGAUAUGUUCAAAAAAUGGAAAGAAGAUAUGAAAAAAGAAGGUAAAGUUGUUAAAAUUGGUACCGGUGGUUUUGGUGGUUCUGGAUAUAAAUAUGAUGCUAUUGAAGAUGAAGCUGCUGUUAAUAAAAGAAAAAUGGAAAAAUUACUUCUUGGUAUGGAAAAUCAAGUUAUGGAUGAUGAUGAUGAAAUAGAAGAACAUUUAACAAGUAUGAUGAAAAGUAAUAAAAGAUAUUUAGAGAAGGGUGCUAUAAAUUCAAAAAUAGCUACUCCUGCUGUUGGUAAUAUUGAAGCAGCUACAGCUGCCUCAGAUUCAGCUAUGGAAAAGGUAAAGGCUGUUGCAGCAAGAAUUGCUGCUGAAAGAGCAAUGGCUGCUGAGACAAAACCAAUACCAAUACAAUCAGGUUCUAUUAUAACAGCACCAAAUGUUAUUACUGGAUCAACUAUACAUAUUAAUGUAUCUGCUGCAGAGAAAGCUAAACAAAUAGCUGAAGCAUUAAAUGAAAAAUUAAAUUAUAUUCCAACAGAAAAUAGUUCAAUAUUUGAUGCACCAGAAAAUAUUCAUUAUUUUGAGGAAGAACUUGAAAUUAAUGAUUUUCCACAACAAGUACGUUAUAAAGUAUGUUCACGUGAAACUAUAUCAAGAAUUCAAGAAAUUGCUGAUGUUGGUAUAUCAGUAAAAGGAACAUAUUAUCCAAAUAAUAAAGAACCUAAAUUUGGUGAUAGAAAGCUUUAUCUUUUUAUUGAGGCAAGAGAUGAAUUUAGUUUAAAAAGAGCUAAAGAAGAAAUAAUAUAUACUAUGAAGGAGGCAUUUAAACAAAUAACUGGUGCAAAUAAAGGUCCUCAAGGUAGAUAUAAAAUUGUAUAA